GGCCGGGGGCCUCUCGGGGGGAACACCGCUUGCCAAGUAGGGAGCCGUCAUGGAGGGUAUGGACAUGGAUUUGGAUCCGGAGCUAAUGCAGAAGUUCAGUUGUAUGGGCACUACUGACAAGGAUGUGCUUAUUUCGGAGUUCCAGCGGUUGUUGGGGUUCCAACUUAACCCUGCGGGAUGCGCUUUUUUCUUGGAUAUGACAAACUGGAAUUUACAAGCUGCAAUAGGAGCAUAUUAUGAUUUUGAAAGCCCGAAUAUAAACACUCCAUCCAUGUCAUUUGUAGAAGACAUUACAAUUGGUGAAGGGGAGUCUGUCCCUCCAGACACGCAGUUUACGAAAACGUGGAGGAUACAAAAUACAGGUGCAGAGUCUUGGCCUCCUGGGGUGUGUUUGAAAUAUGUUGGAGGUGACCAGUUUGGACAUGUUAAUAUGGUAAUGGUAAGGUCGCUAGAUCCUCAGGAGAUGACUGAUGUCAGCGUGCAAAUGCGAAGUCCAGGUGCACCUGGAAUGUACCAGGGCCAGUGGAGGAUGUGCACAGCCACAGGGCUGUACUUCGGAGGUGAGAAUGUCAUUUGGGUAAUUCUAAGCGUGGAGAUUGGAGGCCUCUUAGGAGUAACGCAACAGUUGUCAUCAUUUGAAACAGAGUUCAAUACACAACCACACCGCAAAUUAGAAGGCAACUAUAACCCGUUUGCUUCACCGCAGAAAAACAGACAACCUGAAGAAAACAAUAUAAAAGACCCUGGGGGUCCAGGGUUUGAGUCUGUCACUAAAGACCUGUGGUCAACAGAUGCUCCAGACCAAAUUGAGCAGGAUCAGAAUGAACUGUCACAAAACUCUGUAAAUAUUUCCUCCAGCAGUCACCCAAACAACUUAUCAGUAGUGACAUACAGUCAGGGUUUCCAUGGUCCUUGUCCAUUUGGAGAGUCUUGAAAAAACGGGUAUUGCCAUGAAGAGGAAUUUAGUGCAACAGGCUUAUUUUUUGGAUUGAGGCAGCGGGGGAUCUUUGAUUUUUCACUGACACUGCACAGAGUUGCUGCUGCCUGAGAUCCUGAAAUGUACGCCUGGUCCUUUCAGGAAAGAAAGUGCAAAUUUACAAAAAAGAAAAAAGAAACUUAAAUGAAUGCAUGAAUGGAUGCUAAUUUAAAAGGAGUGCUGUUAAUUGUUUAAAUACAGACAAGUUUUUUUAGAAGUCCUCGUCACAGAUUGGGUAGUCGGAGCAAAAAGGCAAAGCCAUCUUGAAAUUAUUUUGCCUACAAAGAGUGAUUGUAGUUUCUGAACAUAUGUUAAUUAUUUUGUAUCUUGUUUCACUUUGACUCUCUUCAGAAAGGACAGUGCACACUUUUUUGUGACUGAUCUUCAUCUCGUGUGUCCACUUAAGUUUUUCUGCAUACAGUGUGACCGUUGACAAACUUGGGCAUGUUGCUCAGGUUGUUUGUUUCUAUAAAUCUGUCCAAAGGACGUGUUUUGUCAUAGUAUGUAUUCGGUCCCCUUCUCUCCUAUUUUUGUGGUAGUUAGGGAGUUUAGUAGUUUGCUGCCUCCAGGAAUGCACUGAUUUUAUCCUCUAUGGACAGAGACUGCUGUGCCCGCCCCCUCCAUUUUGCUUUCAUAGUGACUGCCCUGUAGUACUGACUUGUGUUUAGCAAAGACUUUCUUCCCACAACCAAAGCAAAUGGUGACAAGUCCUGUAACUAUGCUGUACACACUUAAACAUGUGCCACUUGUUUUUGUAUGUUUUUUUUUUUGUGGGGGGGGGGGGGUCACAUUGUAAGUCAGGCUUUUAAGAGUGUGGAUGCAACUUACAGUGUUUUAAUCAAAGUAAUUAGUCCCAAUGUUUCACUACAGAAUUGCUGGUUUCAUUUUUGUGUCAGUUUUAGUAGUGUUCACUGUCAUUUUAUUUUUCACUACAGAAUUGCUGGUUUAAUUUUUGUGUGUCAGUUUUAGUAGUGUUCACUGUCAUUUUAUUUUUAACUUCAUUUAUAUGUUGGCAGUUUCCAGUAGAAACACUCAGUAACUUCUGUGGAGUUAGCAGGUUUGAUUUAACAAAAGAGGAUUUCUCUUUCGCCUCCAUUUGAAAACCCUAAGCACAUUUUUCAUUUGAGCACUUUGUUUAGCCCACUACUCACUACAAGCAUAUAACUGUGAAUUCAGAUUAGCAGAAUGGGGAAGAAGUGAGAUCCUGGUUGGGAGGGGAGAGGGAGAUGUAAUUUGCUCCCCAAGUAAACCAGUCCUGAGUGCCACUGCUUUUUCUUCCUUUGGAGAAAAGUUUUCCAUGCAUGUUUUAUUGCUCCUGUAGUUAUUAAAUAGUAGCUGAUUAUCACUUUAAUGUUUGAGAAGUCCCAGGGGUUGUACAUGUAAGGCUUUUCUGUUGGAAUCUGUGUAUGUUGACCUUCCAUCAUACAUUCAGUGUAAACUUAAUGUUGGCUAGUUGUACAGUGUUGCAUUACGAAUAUAUUUUUUAUAUUUUGCUGUCUUUAAAAAGGAAGCUCCUAGGCUGACAUUUUUGCAUUUUGGUGGAUGUGAUUUAAGAUUGCAUAAAAAACAUCUGUAGUGUGUGGCAAGCUUGCUGCUAGAUAUUAGCAGGGACAUGUAGUAUUGCCCGCCGUUUCUGUUGUCACUUGCCUCACACCUUUGCAAACACACUCCCUUUUUGUUGUGGGAAGGGGAGCUGUUGUGAACUACUGGGUGCCUGUGUAAAUGCACACAUUCUUUACUUUGUGCCUGUGUUUUUCCUUGUUAGUAGAAGACUACAGCAUGCUGCUUUCCUGUCAUAUUCAUGCUGCAAAGCAAAUCCAUUGUGAUAUGGGGGAAGGGGCUGACCAGUAUGGCAUCUUGUGCCAUAUAUGGCAGGGGAUUUUGAACGAAUGGAUCAGUAUUGAUUAGUAUGAGUGAAAGUUUUAGCUGGAAACUCCUGAACCUGGUGCCAGCAUUGCUGUAGCUGUAGAACUUCUGUUCGCUGAGCCGCUGGCUUGUGCUUCAGGAAUUAAACUUACCUGGUUUGAGUGGAGCUUCAGCCAUGAAAGCUUCAUGCAUGUUGCCCCCUUUCAGGGGGAGCAGACCUAGCAGUGUUUCAUCGUUUUUUGCAUUUACAUCAAGUUGGAUUUAUUGCUUUAUAUACUAGACUUGUAGAAUAAAGCUGUAGAUGGAAUGUCAGCUAGCAUUAGAAAGCAGGGUGCGGUCUGAGGUCAUACUGCCCUCGAUACCUUCUAAUGUUUAUGUUUUUAUGACAUGGUGGACACUUGUCUGAGUGAUCAGGCAGUUGCAAAUGAUGCCUGUAAUGACCAGCUUAUAUCUGACUAUUGUUUGAUAAGCUUUGUAUAUAAUAAUCCUUGAACCAACGGGUAGUACAUUAUCCUCAGUGAUGUCACUGGUUAAGUUUACACACUCAGCCAAGCACAGAUGAAUACAUAGUUAUGCUUGUAGGUGGUCGGUCUCGUUUAACUGAGAGAGGAGUAGAAAGGACUGCCUCACAUGUUUGAUGACGCUAUGUGUUUUGCUGUGUGCCGUUAAACAGUACACACACCCUAAAUUAUUUUCCUCCAUACAGAAUUAUUGCUCUACUACAAUAUUUAAAAUGUAGCAUGACUUAACUCUCCCCUCAUUUUGUGUAUUUAUUUCCUUGCUGCUUAAUUUCUCCUGUGCACAUUAUGUUGGGUUUGCUUUAAAUCUUAUGUUUCUUUCUGUUUAGAUUGUUUUUCCCUGACCUCUGUAUCUUUGCCUACCAGGGCCAUAAAUCUAUUCAGUCUGGUGUUUGCAGGCUUUCUUGUCUGUUUGCUACUGUAAAACAACAGACACAGCCGUUUUGCAGAGAGAGGCAGCUAUUUUUCACAGCUAAAAGAGCACAUCAAAGAAACUGUCACUGUGGUGUUCAGAGGUGAGGACUAUAUUUUACAAAAAAGAAUUUUACUAUUUCAUACAAAUAACUUGAUUACUUUCUCUACCCGAAACAGAAAGGGCCAAGUUAUGAUUUUGAAAAGCAAAGAGCAUAAAUUAGAUGGUGUUGCUGAUUAAAAAUACAGGUAGUCCCACCAGAAAUUUAUAAAGUAGCAGUUUGGCAUGUUCUCACUCCAUGGAUGGGUAGAAGGACCUGAUGCAGAGUAAAUGGCACAAAGUGAUGCUGAUUUGGAGGGCAUCUGAGUGCACUGGAGAAAACGGCUGAAAAAUACAUUAUGCCUGUCCCCAUGAGCAAUUUUGAGAUGUGACAUAUUUUAAAUUCAUACUUAAUCGCACGUUGCAAGGGAAGUUGUAUGGUAUUAAAAUAUUAUAAAACAUUUUUAGUUUCUAUCUUUAAAUGGCUGUGCAUGUGCUUUUAUUUGUAUUGCAGGUACAAUCCGCAGGGUGACUUCAGACAGCUGUUUUUGGCUGUUUUUUUACAAUGGUUGUCACCAGUUAUAGCUUUGAUUGUCUCUGUGAAUGGUGAUUAUUGUAUACAGUUAGUAUUGUGUUGGCUGAAUGUAAUGUCCAGCCCUGGGAACUCUUAACUUGUUCCUUUUGAUCCCAUGGUGGUGAUACCGUCACAUACCCACAUAAACGCAAACUGUGGCCAGCAGGAGUGCUGGACAGCUACCUUUUACAAUCUUGAGUGGUGUUACUGAGCCAUAUUUGGUCUUGUGCAGUCUUUUUUUGAUGUGGAAGGGUUAAGAAUGGACAGAUUGCUGCUCUAGUUUGAUCCACCAUUCUGACUGCAUUGUAGCUUUGUAGGUGAUGUUUUAUGACUAAUUUCUUGCAUACUUGAGUUCCUAAGUCUAAGUUUAAAGUUAGAAAAGAGAACCCUGGCCUGGCUGAUGGGAAUGGUGUGCCACAAAUUUGAGCCCCCCCCACAGGAACCUUAACAAUUUUAACCAAAAAUUAAUAAUUAAUGCAUUUGAGUGGUACUGUGUUGUUUUUUUUUUUGCUGUAUUAAGAUAUAUUUAAUGAAAACAUUAUCUUAACUUUCCUUUUCUGUACAAGAGGGAUGUUAGAUGCACCACUGUUAUGAAUGCAGGGUAACAGGAGUAUAACUCCUUGUUGCACUGAUUUUAUUUUUGGGGGAUGUUCUGUUAGUGGGCAGUCUGCUAAUUCGUCUCAGAUCUUGCCUUUUUUGCAUCUUCUGGGAUUUGUUUUAUGAAAAACUUACACAUCUGAACUAGUUUUAUGGCCUUGUUUAUCAUUACUUGAUGAAGUAUCAAAUUAAACUUUGAUCCUUUUGCUGCUUUGGAGUACUUCUGCAGAAGAAGCCAUGAAAAGUGCACACUGUCCUGUGUUUUUUCUCCCUCCUGCUUUUCUUCCUGUGUGAGUGUUGAGUUUGAAUCUUCUGGCUGAUAUUAUAAAUGGGGGAGUGCAUGUAUGAAGCUGGGUGGUGUUGACUGAGUCAAACAGGGAAGAGUCUUACGAUAGCACAUUUAAUAUAAAUGAAUGGAGGCUUUUCCUUGCUGUAUAAAUACAAAUUUGUAUUAUUAAAUUAACACUGAAUGAUAAA